AGUCUUCUCUCAGUAGGCUCCUAGUUAGCCUGCAUUCAUUCACAGUAGUAAUAAGCCUUCUACUGUGAAACCUGACAAAAAACAGUAAUUUGGACAGUGCAUUUCAUAAUAAUGUUUUUAUAGUUUUCAAACACUUCUUCAGGAGGUUAUUUAAUAAGAAGCUCCAAUGCCGUACCUCAACUUAGAAAGCGAUGAGCGGUGACCUGAACAAACUUGUCUAUUCGAACUCAAUCGGUUCGGGUACUUCUCUACUGCCGGCGGCUUUCAACGUGACGUCACAUAUCGCACUCCAUAACAUUUAUCAUCAAAUAAAAGGUGGAGCGUCGUGAAAUUCAUCCCUCUGAAGAUAAAAUACAUAUGCCAGAAAAUGUUGGCAAUUCUGACUCCAAGUGGAAGACGACAGUAUGCAGCAGCAGUAUGCAGCUCAAUUUCCGUUCUCAUGGCAGGAUCUACAAUAGGCUGGAUCACACCUAUUCUAGUUGGAUUACUAGGGCCGGAUAGCGAGGUGCCGAUGACGGCGGACGAGAGCUCGUGGGUGGCCAGCGUGAUAGAGGUGGGGAACUUCGUGACGCCGCUGCCUUUCGGGUUGCUAGUGGACCGGUGGGGUCGCAAGCCCUGUCUCCUCUCCAUUGCACCCAUGUACAUUGUCAGCUGGCUGCUGGUGCUUGCCACACGAUCGGUCCUUGUGCUCUAUUUUGUGCGCUUUGUGCAGGGUUUGGCGAUGGGCGUAGUGUUCACGGUGCUGCCAAUGUAUUUGGCGGAGAUAGCGGGCGCCGACAUUAGGGGAGCUCUGAGCGCCUUCUUCCAGGGCAUGUGGUACAUGGGCAUCCUCACGGAGUACUGUGUGGGGCCCUACGUGUCCUACCAGACUCUGGCCUAUGUGUCGCUCGCCUUCCCGCUCAUAUUCCUCCUCACCUUUGUCUGGAUUCCUGAGUCGCCUUAUUAUCUGCUCAUGAAGGGCGAGGAAGAGAAGGCAGGCGUGGCGCUGGCAUGGCUCCGAGGUGAGAGUUCACCCGCCCGCGUGUCCGAGGAGCUUCAAAGCAUGAAAAUGUCGGUGGAGAAGGAGAUGCUGAGGAAGGGCUCGUGGAACGACCUCGUGUCGACGGCAGCCAAUCGCAAGGCGCUGCUCAUUGUGCUGAUAGCUGCACUCGCUGAGAUCAUGUCCGGCAUCACCGCCAUACUCACGUAUGCGUCGCAGACGUUCGGCGCCGCUGAUGCCAAAGAGGGUUUGACACCGGACGAGUGCACAAUCCUGAUGGGUUUGCUGGUGUUGAUGGCAACAGUGUUCGCAGGUGGUGUGGUGGAUGUAAUGGGUCGGAAGCCACUUAUGCUGGCCUCGGCGCUCGGCUGUGCCGUAUGUGAACUCAUCGCUGGCGUCUACUAUUUCCUCCAGGAAAAGACUAGCAUCGAUGUAACCAGCUACAGAUGGGUGGCAUUCAGCAGCAUCACCGGCUACUGUGUGAUACUGUCGGCCGGCCUGGGCCCAGUGGUGGCCACAUUCCAGGGUGAGCUGUUCCCCUCGAACACGCGCGGCCUCGCCUCAGCCGUGGUCGCCAUCAGCGUCACCAUCUCCUCCUUCUUCUGGAUGAAGCUCUACCAGGUCAUCGCCGACCACAUCGGCAUCUACCUCAACUACUUCCUCUUCUCGCUCUGCUGCCUCGUGUCGUCCGUCUUCAUCCUGUUCCUGGUGCCCGAAACCAAGGGCAAGACACUGGCCGAGAUUCAGAGUGACCUGAACAGCGCUCAUCCGCCCAAACCGAAGAAAAUGGCGGCGAACGAAGCUGUGCUUUGAUCUCAAUCAGCGGUGGAGCUACUGUGAUCCCAAGAGGUGUGUGGGUCGCACAUCGAUAGACUGUGAAAAUUCGAAUGAUCAACUCCGAAACUGAGCUCACUCCAUAGAAGAUAUAGUAAUAAAGGGUAAAAACACUUCAUUCACGUGGGCUACUCUUUAAAUUAAUAAAAACAAUAUAAAAAUCUUGAAGCACCCUUUAUUUUAUUUUAUAACCUGACGAUGGUUUGAUCACCAAAACUAGUUGUUGAACUAUUUUAAAGUUUUUUAAAAAAUAAAGGGUGCUAUAAAUUUCUUAUUUUGUUUUUAUUAGUAAUAAAGGAUGUUUACUGGGAACCGCAUGAGUUCCCAUUUUGAAAACCCAAAAAUGUUUUGACAAAAACUCUAUUUUUUCACACAAUGUCUUGUUCUACAAACUUGGAAUUUCAAGAAAUGUGCCUGGUUGUUCAGCGUAAACACGCGAUUUCAAGAAACCCCAAAAACCACGCACAUUGCAAGAGUUGAAGGAAAUCCAAGCCAUUCCAUGAGCAAUGCUACGAGAUGCGAUGCGUAACUUCAGGGAGCGUCUGGAAGAAUGUAUUCAAUCGGAAGGACGCCACCUACGCCAUGCUACCUAUUUUUGCUACAUGAUUCUUUGUAAUAUUUUCAAAGUUCCGAGUUUGUAGAACACAUUGUGUGAGAAAAGUAAAGUUUUUUGUUCAAAAUUUAAAAAUUUGUGGCUUUUUUUAAAACCAUGCGGUUUCCAGUAAACACCCUUUAUUUUAGUUAACUUAAUUCCUGUAAAGACUGAUAGAAAACGUCGUCUGGUCGCUUCAGAAAACUGAGAGAUGGGAGUGUUCUACUGUGAUCGAUUCUGCUGGGCCUGCAGUUUUAGUUAGUUGUUUAGAUAAGAUGACAUCGCUAGAGGUGUCAAAAUUUCAAUGAUCAAUUCCAAAACUGAGCUUACUUAAGAGAAGAUAAACUAUAGGUACCCAAUAUCUUAGUUGAUCUGUAUGUAAAGGCUAAUAGAAAAAUUCGUCUGGAGUUCAACUGAAAGUAUUCUGAGAUCGAAUGGAUCAGCUCAUCAGAAAUUCUUUAACAUUUGAACACACUGAGUAUUAUGGAAAAAUACCGCCAUAUAUAUGCUAUCCCAAAAGUAGUUUAUCAUAGAAAAUAUAUUAGGGUUCAGUAUGGUAGCCUACAUUCUGUGUCCUAGGAAUGUUCUAUCAACACCAUAUUGAGAUCCAAAGUAAGAUACCGAUUGUUUGUUGUUAAUAAGGUGCAUUUUCGUUUGUGCAUGAAUUUCCGCAGUCGACGACGGCAAGCAUUGUUGACAUUCAUAUUGUCCAAAUGUGCUAAAACAGCUGAUCAAAUAACUUUUCAGAAUAAAUUCUAUUAUUAGAGAAUUAAACAUUUCUAAUAAUAUCAAUAUUGCCAUUUAAAAGUAUAAAAAAGUAUAAGCUCAACCUGCCUCAUUAAAACAUAAUUGCGAACAUAAUCUUUCAGGUAUGUAGGCAAAUUGAAAUCUUCCCAAUCUGAGAUUUUCUCCCUGUCGUGGUCGACGACGGCAUUUACGCACAAAGGAAAUCCCAGCUUUAUUCAUCAUUAAUUAUAUGUAUAAUAUCCAAUGCGGAACGAAGUAGGAGUGUCUAGAAUAAUUGCUUUUGUGUGAGUUUGAGUUUUAGAGAAGCAACAGCUCUAAGAGUAAAUACGAUUGUUUGAGUUGGAAAACAUGAAUUACUCUGUAAAAAUAUGAACGAAGAGAGUUUCAAUCCAAGUGUUUUAUUAUAUACAAAGUCUUCCUGCGUAUCUGUAUAUAUGAAUCAUUAUGUGUAUAAGACUAUAGGAGUACCGUAUAUAAAUAAACAUAUUCAAUUCUUUACCCAGUGCAAGAAACCGCGUGUUAUGAAAUAAUAUUAAUAAUCUUUUAUUGUAUGAAUCCUGUAGUUCCUUAUUAGUAAUCAUAUAAUUCAAUAAUCAAAUGGAAAAUAAUCAAUAAACGGAUACUCAUGAAUAAAAUGCUGCAAUAAUUGUAGCAUUAGGUAUGAAAAAUGUAAUUUCCCUAGUUCUAGUGACUCAUGAAGAAAAUUAUUAUUUUAGUACUAUUCUGUGUACAGUAUUGCUAUAUCAGGUGCUAUUUAAAUAUUCUGUUUCUAGAUAAGUGAUAACUGAAAUGUAUAUUUGUACUCAUCUAUAAAGUUGCAAAUCAAUAAGUUUUGAUUAAAAUCCUUUUCUCUCAA